AUGUCUACAGAGCUUGAGAAGAAAUUCAACUUGGCAGUCAAAUAUGUCCAGGAUGGUAUGGCCAAAGAUCAGUAUGGUAAUUCAAACAAGGAAUUAACCGAUGAUGAUAGACUUCUCUUCUAUGCUUUCUAUAAGCAAGUUACCGAAGGAGAUGUCAAAGGAUCACAACCAUACGCUAUUCAAUUCGUUGCUCGUGCCAAAUGGGACGCCUGGAACAAGGUCAAGGGAAUGAGCAAGGAGGACGCUAUGCAACAAUACGUUGAUUUGCUCACUCAAAUGGCUCCUGAAUGGUACUCUUAUGAAGGAUUGAACAAGUACAAGUAA